GCCUGCCAUCUCGGUAUCAUCUCCAGAGUCCAUCGCCGUCUUUCUGACAUUGAGCGCCAAUGCGUCCGGUCAGGUUCCGUCUACUGCUUCGAUGAGCGUGAGGCCGGCAUGAGACGCUGGACCGACGGCAAGAGCUGGAGCCCCAGCAGGGUUACCGGCAGCUUUCUCACCUACCGCGAGCUCGAUGACUCUCAAGGCACCGGCAGCAAGAACGUCUACCGCCCCGACGGCCUGCUGAAACAGUCGUUCUCCAUCACAACUUCGGAUAACAAGAAGUUGCAUCUGAUCUCGUACUACACCAACGAGGAUGUUGCCUCGGAACGACUCUUUGAGACCCCCUCUCGCGACCCUCGCUUUGCUCACGUUGUCAUUCCACUGGGUAUCUAUCCUGAU